UUGAUCGGCAACGGCAGCCUUUUUUCUCCACCAUAUAUAAGCUGAAGCUUCCUUCCGCAAGGUCUUCUUCUUUGUCUUGCCCACUCCCCCGUUCUCUCUUCCCAGACCUCGAUUCAAGCCCCUAUCCACCAUGUCCGGAGCAAGAUUCGAGUCUAACGGUAUCCCACCCCCAAAUAUAGACCUUCCGUUUCCCGAAAGACCGGAGGUCGUGACGGCCAACCUUCUCAGGAUCACGGAACUCGUCCCAGACUCCCGAAUGCGAGAAGUCCUGGGCGGUCUCACACGACACCUUCAUCAGUUUCUCCUCGAAACAAAGGUGACUGCAGAGGAAUGGCAGGCAGGAAUCCAGUUCUUGACUGAAGCAGGCGCCCAGUCCAGCAAGGUCGGGAACGAGUUCAUCCUGUUGUCGGAUGUGUUCGGCGUUUCAGCGUUGGUGGACACCAUGAAUAACCCGCCGCUGAAGAAUGCAACGGAGAGCUGUCUUGAAGGGCCUGCAUUCACUCCGGAUGCCCCGGAUAUUCCAAACGGAGGGUCUAUUAUUGACGACAAGGACGGGAUUGGAGAGUCCGAGUAUCUUUAUGUUGAGGGACAGGUAACGAACACGGAUGGCAAACCACUCCAGAACGUUGUUGUCGAGACAUGGGAAACCGACGAUGAAGGAAUCUAUGAUAUCCAACACGAUGUACGCGACAAGCCCAACGGAAGGGGUCGUUUCCGAACAGACUCUGCGGGCAAUUUUUUCUUCAGAGGUGUCGCCCCUUCACCCUAUCCUAUCCCUGAGAAGGGUCCUAUUGGGACACUGCUCAAGGUCUGGAAUCGACACAAUAUGCGUGCAGCGCACGUCCAUUUCUCGUUCCAAGUGCCAGGAUAUCGUUCAUUAACUACUCAGCUUUACCCCACCGGAGACAAGUGGGCGGCUUCGGACUGCGUGUUUGCACCGAAGAAAUCACUCCUCAUCGACUUGGAGAAAAUAACAGACCCAGAAGAAUCGAAGAAGCGCGGUAUCCCGCAGGGCGCGCCUUUCAAGUUAAUGAAACGCAAUUUUGUUCUGCUUUCGGAAGAGGAGUCGAAAGAGGCGGAGCAAAGGAAGCGUCAGGAGGUCCCUGAUGUUGCAGGCCUGAGCAUUCAUUGAAACAGGGCGCCGCUAGAAGUAGCGCUUGCGUGGACCAAUGGGUUGGAUGAUCCUAUAGAUCGAUGUUCUCGGUACGCGAUUGGGUCAUGUAUUAUAUGUGCAGCCUCGACAUGACGGAGUCAUCCGCCGACUUUCCCGUAUUGUCAUGAUGAUCUCCAUAUGCAUUCACAACUUAUUAGCUA